AUGGAGCUUUUCUUGCUGAGUGCGGUACUCGCAUGCGUCGGGCUAUUGGCCAAGCUUUUCCAGCACCCUCAAGAUCCUCUUGCACAUGUUCCGGGACCAUGGUAUUCCAAGUACACUUCGAUCGCUUUCACCUACAACGCAUUGGUGCCACGCGUGCAUGUCUACGUCCACGAUCUGCAUCGCAAGUAUGGUCCCGUCGUACGGCUCACGCCCACUAUGGUAGCAGUCUCAGAUCCUGAUGGUGUUGCCGACAUAUUUCGUUCUAGUCGUGGCUAUAUGAAGGGCCCGAUUUAUGAAUCGCUCAUUCGGAGUUUCUUUGCAACCAGAGAUCCUGUUGUCCAUGGCCAGCGCCGUCGACUAUUCGCUCGACCACUGGCAAAUUCCUCGCUCCAAACUUUUUGGGCAGACGAGAUUCGCGAACGGGCAACUCUUACAGUACAGAGAAUCAAGGACGAUACGGAGACCAAUCAGCACGGCGAUGUAUAUCACUGGUGGAACAUCAUGGCUAACGACGUUGUAACACGACUCUCGUUUGGAGAAUCGCUCAAUCUCUUGGAGUCAGAUGAGAACAUCCCGUAUAUCGAGGCUGUGAAGAAGACACUGAGGUGCUCUGCGCUGAACCGAAACUUUCCAAGACUCAUGCCAGUGCUGAAAUACCUACCGAUCCCAAGGUUGCAAGAGAUUCUCAAUGCCCGGCCAAAAGUGGAACGGUAUACCAGAGUAGCAGUGGAGAAUUUUCGCACAUAUACAAAGCUCCAAGACGACAGUGGGAAGAAUCGCAACAUUUUUACGCAAAUCGUGGCUCGGGCGGAUGAGCAGGAUCAUGAAGCUGUCAGGUCCAUGACAGACGAGGACAUUCACGACGAGGCUCUUACGCUGAUGCUUGGCGGCACAGACAGCACCUCUUCUACCUUGACCUACGCAACGUGGGCUGUGUUGUCUCAUCCUGAGAUUCAGCAUCAGCUUGAGGAAGAGGUCGCGGGCCUGUCUGAGGAGCUAUCGCUGCAAGAGCUCGAGUCGGCUCGUCUACUCAACGCAGUCAUCCAUGAAACGCUGCGUCUGCAUGGCCCGGUCUCUGUUGGUUUGCAACGGGUAGUACCGCCGGGAGGUGCCCGCAUUGCAGGCUUUGAUCUUGCUCCAGGAACGGUGGUAUGGCCACAAAUGUACACAACGCGGUACGAUCCCUCGAUUUGGCCUGAUCCUCUCAGAUUCGACCCAACCCGGUUCCUAGACGUCAAGCUGCCUUUUAUGGCCGAGGGCAACUUGACUUCCACGCAAAAGAAAGUGUAUGUGCCGUUUGGUGGUGGUACCCGUACAUGCUUGGGUAUCAAUCUGGCGUACAUGGAGCUACGCUUGGGACUGGCUCUGUUCUUCAGGGAGUGUCAAGGAGCCAGGCUGUCGGCAGACAUGUUAGAUGAAGAUAUGACCCCGGAAUACUUCUUCGUGAGCUCCCCGAAAGGACGGAAGUGUUUGAUAACAUUGCCGAAGUAG